AUGCUGCAACCCCCUAACAAUCACAUGCAGGUUGACGACCAGGAUGACUUGCGCUACAUCAUGGACAUGUUCCAAUACCACACGGCUGAGAUGACGGCAGCCAAGGACAACCUCAAACAGAUGCAGUUGGCCCUCGAAGCCAAGUACUCCAAGCUGCAGAAGCUCCAUGGGAUUUUCCAGCGAUACGUCCGACAGAACCCUAGCAUCCCUAUCCCCGAAGAUCUUCACUUCCGUGGAGAGAGAGAGCUCCAAGUUCGCACGGCAGGAUCGGCCGACUAUGAGGUUUACGUGCUCAACGCCGACAUCAACCAGGAUGAGAGCGGCAACUUGACUCUGGCUGGUCCCCACGGCCACCCCAACGUGGGACAGACGCAGCGCGCCCGAAGCGGCAGCCUCCCUCGUGCCCGAGUCUUCGCACAUGAGAUGCCCCGCGAUGAGGUUGACCGCCUCACCGCCCUCUACGAGAACCAGUCUCAGAGCCCUCCUGCCACUCUCACUGACAUCCACGAGCGCGCGCACGCUCACGCCGCCGCUUACGCCUACAACGACGACGGCGAGAGCGUUCAAGUUGCUGAGGCUGUUGAAGUCCCCCAGGCCCAGGCUGCCGAGGCUGUUCAGGUUCCUCAGGCCGCUCAACCCGCCGAGCAGGCCCAACUCUACGAGAACUAUGGAGGCAUCAGUCCUGAUCCCACGGGCCGCAGGCGUAUCGAGGGGCACCCUGGAUACUACGGCUUCGACGUCUCCCAGCGACAGGCGGAACUUGAUGCAAGCUCGUACCCUGGUAAUUGGAUGCGUGGGCUUCCGCCGAAUGAUCCCCUUCAAGCCAUGGCCCCGCCCGCGGCUGACCCCCUCGCGUGGCUUCGGGAUAACAGCCCGCCGCAGAUCAACUCCAUCACGCGGCCAUCGCCUGACGUGCGAACCCUCUAUUCUCUGGAGAGGUACCCGGCGAGAGAGUACACCUCGAACCCCCCGUACCCCCCGACGACGAUGCAGGAGUACAACCAGCCGAUGGGACCCUCCUCUACGGUUGAUGCCUUCACUGGGACCCAGUACGAGGUCUUUCCUGAGGACGCUUGCAUGGACUUAGUUAGAAGGCUAGUAGCUACGGACGGUCCGCCAUCCGAACGAGAAAUCAUGGAGAGACUUAACUUUCCCGGCGACGACGCGGACUACACGGUUGCGGAGAACUUUUUCGAAACCUACUACGAGGAGAACGGCGUCGAGGAUGCCUUCAUCAAGGAAGAGGACACGGAUGGAGACGACUUCUUCAUCAAGGAGGAAGACUUGGACGGCAUGGACAUGGAGGAAGUCCCCAUCAAGGAAGAGGACAGCGACGGCGACUACAUCAAGGACGAGGAGACGAAGGAUUGGUUCUUUUGA